AUGAAGCUGAAUGACUCUGUGACAGUCCACGACGCUGUUACUUCAUGGACAGAAAGUAUCAACACAAAAAACUUCACCGUCUGUGUCAUGCAAACCGGGAGGAAAGAAGAAGGUGCGAAUCCAUUUGCCACCAUUGAUUGGGUGGCUUAUCAAGGAGCACCAGCCGAAGGAUUGACCGGAACGGUUGAGUUGCAGAAAUGGUGGUCUGGUACCAACUGCGCAAAUGUAACCUUUCCUUCGGUAAGACGGGAAUAUUUUUGUACGUACAAAUUUAACUCAUUGUUGCAAUAAAAGUAUCCUAGGACGAAUAUCUUAGACUUUCAUUCGCCACUACAGCUUUAUCCACGUCUUCCAAACGAAGUUAGUCAAACAAACAAAAAUUGCUUAAUAAAUCUAGCUGGAUUUUUGAAUUCAAAAUGAACCUAGCAAAAUUUGCCGCCAUAUGGGUGGAAACGGGCCAAAAAGGAGGUUUUUCUGGUCCCGUAAGUCCGAAAAACACACUAGAAAGGAAAAGGAAAGGAAACAUAGAAAGAUUCCAUUUAAAGUGAGGAUAGGCUAAUUUGCCUAUUAGCAGUGAAUUUCAUGUCACGUGCAGCAAAAUUCAAGGAAGCAUUAACACACCUUCACUUGUAGUAAAAAGCUGUUUUGAUUGUUCUUAUUGCUUCAUUGUUAUAUUUUUCAUUUUUUCAGGGCAAGUUUCCUGAGGCGCCAAUAGUCCUUGUGACGUCAGAGCACCUGAGGACUGGUAAAGAGUAUGAUGCUGCACUCAUUUGGAUUGAAGACUUAACAAAGGACUCACUUAAAAUCUGUCUUCGUGAAAUGCAAAACUUUGACGGUAGACACCAAGAUAUCACUGUGGUACGUGAUUAGUUUUUAAAGAAACUAGAACGCCACUGUUUACACAAUUUGCCAGGAAUGCUGGUUUGUAAACUAUAAUAGCGAUAUGAUUAAAAGCAUUGUAACUUCAAGAUUAUCAGCGAGUGAUUGUUUAGUCUAAAGGAGAAGGAAAAUGGAAAGUAACAAAAACGGGAAAAAAAAUAGACCUGAAUUGCUUUGCCUAUUCCUCAUGCUUCCUUUCAUGUUCUUACAAGAUGCGCUUGGUGUUCUGGGAAAUUGUGGCGUCUUGCGUUCUCUCCUUGGUCACCGCUCCAUAGAGCUCAAAAUGCUAAGAUUUAAGGCCUAAAGAAUGCUGGGCUUUGAUAAAUGUUUGGCGAGGAUGAUAUUACAAUAUUUACACAGUACGGAUGGCUUGGGCUGCUGAUCACUUUUGUUGAUCUCUUUUCACAGAACUGGCUUGCAUUCUCCAAACUGCACAAGCCUCUUUUCACGGAACAUGGCGUCAUAAGUUUUCCAAAUACGAACCCACCUUUGGAUAAAAUGAACAAUGCUUAUUGCGAGGUGAGAAUAGGAUUACUCAAUCACGCCUUUUUAUCUCAUUCAUCAUCUCAAGUAGCAUGCUGUUCACAGCAUUCAAUUUAGAAAAAAAAUUCGUUUACUAACAUAUUACUGAAUAUUAUAAAACAAUUGUAGUCAUGUGCAGUAAAGAUCGCGGAAAAUCUCUUAUAAAGCGACGAGAAAAAUCAAGAUGCUGGCACAGAAAACAAUGCUUAAAAUAUACAUAAAAAGUCGGCAGUUCGUCCUGAUAAAAUGAUUAAUUUCAAUUCAAUGUUGACUUAAAAACAAACAUCUGAAACAAAAACAACAACAACAACAAAAACAGGAGGUAAUUCAAGUUUGUAAUGAUCAGGAAAUAAUGUCUCAAGCGUUGUAUGUUUCUCUUAUAUGGCACUUCGUUUCAUUCACGAGAGUCUAUAACUCGACCCCGACAGUGCUUGUCUCAGCCAAUCACAGUACGACGGUAUCUGGGAAUUCAGGUCCGAUUCACAACGGAAUUACCACGUGGAUCGAGGUGAAAAUUCUUUCUCACUUAAAACGUAUUAUAGUGAUGUGUCCUGGUAAACAAAUUUCUAACCAAAACUCGACGAAGGAUAAAAUUAAACAGACUGGCAGACUGAAGGCCAUAUAUAGGUGUAGCUUACUUGUUGUUUCCACAUACAGUGUAUUGCACACUGCACCUUAUCUAGGAAAGGCAUGUGAUCAAAAUAAUAUUAGAUAAUGAUAGUAACUGCUGUGACUUUGAGUCGUGUACAUUUGUAUAUAGUUUUAGGUUUUAGAUCAUUAAUUUAAAAGUCAUGUACAGUGUAAUAGAUAUGAUUGUCAGUGUGUAGGAAAGUGUCCCCAAUUAGCUAAUAUUGAUAAAUACAUUCACACUAAAAUGUAGUCAUUAUUAUUUUGAUCACAUGCUUUUCCUGUUAUUAUUAUGAUUAUUAUUAUCACUAUUAUUAUUAUUAUUAUUAUUAUUAUUAUUAUUAUAACGUUAACCCAUUGACGGCCCUGCGGCCCAAAACUGGCCGUACAAGACUACACUGCUAAAGACCUUGCAACUUUUUCAAUCGCGCGAGCAUUGCCUUAACUGUCAGCUAGAGCAUUGGGUAUAAUAGAAUGCUCUUCAAAUUGGGAUAUCCUGAAUAGACCCAAAAAGCGCUUUUUUGCGAAAUAUUACCUUUUGAAUUUGGACAAGAGCAAAGCAAAAAUGACCGUUUUAAACGUCAUAGAUAAACGACAAAAAUCCUGUUUUUUGCCUUCAGGAUUUUUUUUCAGAAAUCAUCGUUACAAAAUCAAAAGUCACCAUUCACAGUAAAAUUCAGUCCUUGUUCUAGUUUAGAAGUGACUUUUUUUGUUCUUCUUUGUUUUCUGGAAAUAUAGCCUUUUGUUCUAGUGCAGCCUGGCCUUGCCUCGAUUUUCAACAUCACGACUGCAGUGCAUGCUAGAAAACAGCUACGAUAUUUUUUUCAUAUUUGUACAAAAUCUACUGUCGCUCUGACCUACCACGGAAAUUUCGCGCUUGUUGCCAUUUUCAGUUGUCGCAAAUUUUUAAAUAUAUGCCUUGGUAGGUCAAGAAAUUCAUCAGUAGUCGAGUCCGAAAGCUAUAUUAUUUCUCCAGUACACGAGCAACAAGCAAAAUUCGCAAAUCAAGUUCAUCACCUUACUCACUUCUUUAAGAAAGUGGACUCUUAGCUACCGUCACGCUUAAUGAUGCUCAUCAGGAAGCCACUAAAGGUGAAAUAUGGUUGUAAAAGUACCAAACAUCGCGUAGAAUCCAAACUUCAGCGGUUAUUAUAGCUCAUCGAAGCAAAAUGACUACGUCAGAAUGUCGUUUCCAGAAAACUAUAACUGUCACGCGUAACUGUCGAACUGUUUUCCUCAGACAAGGAGCUUUGUCCCACUUUGCAUCUCUUUAUCCACGCGUCUUAUCCAGGGGGAAGUAGCAAUACUGUUGGAUGCUCUUUCGGGAUAGACGGGAAUAUUUAGCUGUGGUAGUGAGGGCCAUGUGUCUCGCCAGCGACGUAUAACCUACAUUUUUCAUAACAUAUGGAAAAUUAAAUCGUUCUUACUAAAAACACCCUUGUGGAAAGCGAUAUACAUUUUUUAAAUUAGAUAACACUUUCAACAGGGGCACCCAACGACUGUUUUCUUUAAAUUAUAUGUUCGUAGAAGCAAAUAUAUUGUCUAGAAGUUUCUUUUGCUUGAUGACGACGAGAAAUUUCUAGAUGACCGUUCCAUUCAGGUACAAUUUUCGAAGCUUAUCUAAUAAAUGUCCUACGAUGUUCUGAAAUUUAACUUCUCACAUUUUACUCCUCAUGUUGGGCUAAUUUUCGUAGAAAAAGGAAACCUAAAGUUUUCGGAUUCAAAAAUGCGAUGCGAAUUUUGAAUGUAUUUAGGGGAAAAUCGUCGUUGGGUGCCUUCAAUCUCUUUUCAUUCACUCAUUUCGAGGUCCUGAAAAGCGUUAACUAUUCACACAGACCAUGACCAUCGUCAAGUGACGUUACUGAAUCUUUUUGCAGUCUUUUGACUUCUUCGAUAUCAAAAGCAAUAAUUUUAGACCUAUGUAAAUAAGUUUAGACCUAUGUAAACCCAGUUAUUGUGUUAUAUUUGCAGAACAUGAAUACCUCUGGAUUCAGAGCCUGUGUCAAGGAAUUAUACGGGACCAGAUAUGACCCCUUGUCCGUCAGUUAUGCUGUGCUCACAGGCCUGUUAAUUACUACUAACUGUCUUCAUUUAUUGAGGAUGUCCACCGUAUGUUUUGACAAACGAAGCUUACCAGAUUAACCUGAAAACAAUUCGUCUUUUGAUUCACCUGCGUUUUUUUUUUUCUGAAGAACAUUUCACCUGCAAGGAUACAACACUUUGCUCAAAUUUAAAGCAUCAGGCAUCAAACAAACGUUUAAGAAGUUUGUGUUGCUUGCGAAUUCACUUUUACGUAGUGAUCUUUCUUCCAUCUGGGUGGCACCACUCCAACUGCCCGGAAAUGUUUUUAUUUGCGAUCAUUUUCGUAUCCGCCUUGCAAUAGUACUGCUGCUGAGGUGCCGUUAAGGUUAAUAUAUACCCGUAGGUAUUUUUUUUAUUUAUUUGUAUUUUAUACAAAAAUGGAGUAAGUAUGCAAGGAGGCCUAAAGGAAACUGUAUCUAGCCUAAUGUUAGUUAAGCCUCCUCAAUUACUAACAAUGUUUCAUGAUAGAUGACAUACAAAUUACGACGACGGAUACAAUUAUUUAUCAAAAGUAAAGUAACAAUAUAACAAGGAAAUUAAUAAAUGUUGAAAAUUAUCAUCCUUGUCUGACUUUGUAGAUAUUUGUGAUCCUGGCUGGAACUAUUUCAAAGGCUUUUGCUAUUUCACAAGUAAGACUUGUCAAAAUUGGACCAUAGCACUGGAUAAAUGCCGACAAGAAAACUUGGUUCUUGUUGACGUCCAAAACAAUGAAGAAAAUGUAUUUUUACAGCAUCUUCACAAUGGAGCAAAAUCCUGGUUAGGAUUGAAUGAUAUUUUUACGGAGGGUUCCUUUACUUGGGCAGAUCGUGGUACCGGGAACUUUACAGCUUGGGCCAAAAACCAACCAAACAAUUUUCGGGAUGAGGACUGUGUGCAUACACUUGGUGUUGAAUACAAAUACGAAUGGAAUGACGUGAAAUGCAGCGACUGUCAUCAGUAUACUUGUAAGAAAGGUAUGGUUUUUAAUGUAUGUUUAGUUGUAAGGUUUUGGUUUAACAAAUAA